GCGUUGUGAAAUGCUGUGAGCCACGGCAGCAGUGGAGGUAACGGCAUAUUUUCGAGACGCCUGGACUUCAGCUCCUUCAACUCCUUGCCCCGCCACAAGCUCAACUCCUACCACAUCAAGAUGGAGGACGAAGGUAACCACGGCAACGACGACACUCGUUGCUUCAUCUUGUCCACGUUGGCAGCACUGCACACAUCUCGCGUGGCGUGUGUGCUUUGUCAGUCUCCAAUGUUGGUGUUUGACCGAUACCCUCUGGUGGAUGGGACUUUCUUUCUCAGUCCACGUCAACACAGCAAAUGUUGCCUGGAGGUGAAGUUGGAAGGGCGGACGCAGUUCCUGUCGGCGGUGUGCAUGGCGUGUUUGGAAGGAUGGGGUCCCGGGCGCACACUCCGCUGUGUGUAUUGCAGCACACCCUGGGACGGUUCGUCCCUCGUGCUCGGCACCAUGUACUCCUAUGACGUCUUCGCAGCUAUGCACUGCUGCCCGGAGCGGUCCAAGUGCAACAGCUGUGCCAAGCCAAUCCUGCCACCCCACCAGAGACUCAACUUCUACUCUGACUACAGUCAUCCUGUGCCAUGUCUGCACUGUGGCGCUGUGGACACACACUUUGUGAAGCCCCUGUCUCUCUGCUACACCCGUGACGUACUUCAGGUUUGGCCAUAACAGUGUUAGCACAUUCAGGAAUAGUGUAUACAUUGUUUGGAAAAGAUGUCAUUGGCAGCGAAGAUGGGUCGAGAAGGUAAGGUCUGGAGAUUCUAUAUUAUGGCGGUUCAGCGGUGGAUAUGAAAUGCCUAUGAAACCGUCCCUCAGAGUCAUGUACUAACUAGCUGCAUAGCUCAGUGGUAUCAAGUUUGUCUGAAUACAUGCAUACAUAUUGUGCACAACACAACUGCCAUAUUAUUUGUCCUUUUUUAAUGGAAAAAUCCAUGCUUGUAUUUGGUGAUUUUGACUGUCUUUAUCAAUAUGACAUAAAUACUUCUAGUUGUGCAUGGCUGUUUUCAUCUGGAAGUACAGAAACUUUCAUGUUGUGCAUGUACGAGUACAUGUACUUGAUUCAGGGAAGAGAACAGAAUUAUCAUGGCAAAUGGCACUGAUUCAGUGUGACACAUGGUAACAUACUUAACACUAAUGUCAACUGGAAAAACAUUUAGCUGAUUUUAAGCAAGAAAAUUGUGUUAAAAAACUCUGGGAGUGUCAAAGUUACUGAACUGCAGGUCAAUUGCAUUUGAAGCUAUGUGACAAGUAUAUUGUCAUUUAUUGUACAGUUAAGAAAUUGUUCCAACAAUUGUCAUGAGCAAAGAGUCUUGUCAGCGUUUCUUCAUGCGGAUGUAUGAAUGCAGGGUUGAGGUUCAAUAUCUACUCAUGUAGAUGAAUUUAUUUUUUCAUAUUAAAUGUUAUGAAUGUGAUUCUGUGCUCUGGGCAGAAGUAAUACUUUAGUACAUUCAGUGUUAUCAGAUCUCUCUGUCUCCCCAACUUCAAGAAACGUCACCUGUAUUUUAUUUCACUCUUUCCAGGCAUCAAAAUUAUGGAAUUUUGGAAUUAACAGGAUGAAAACAUAUUUUUAUGAUACUGGAGUGAGAGAGGUGCUGUUUGCUGUAUAAUACACUUUUACUGUAAGAACUGCUACACAUGGGUAUAUGAACUUCUUCCUUGCAGCCACAGAUUUGUAAAAUGUGGUUUUCCAAAAACAUUUUGCUCCCUACAUGUCAAAUAAUGAAACUGGAAAGAUUCCAUUAUAUGUAUAAGUCAUUAACAGUAUAAACAAUGACACAUGAUUAUAUAAGAAAUGUUACACAAAGAAAAUAGGAUUUGGUAUAUACCAGUUCUUUGUACUAAUGUCAGAAAUACCAAGUUCAUCAAGAUGCUUUACCCAAAUUGUUCCAAAUCAAGGAAAAGAACCUCCAACUGUAAAUUCCGGCAUUUGAAAAAUAUUUCCUUAAUAGGGAAUGAUUUUGCUUAUAAUUUUGCAUUGGCCAAGCAAUUUUUACUAACAAAUUAUUAUAGAGUGUUGAUAUUUAAAGCAUUUUGCUUCUUUUGUAUUUCUUUGUGCUCUUCCAUGUCCCCUUUCAGUUUAAUACAUUUGUAAAAAUCAAGGCUUAGUUUCUUAAUGUCUUCUGUGGAAGAAUCUGUAGAGACAUUAUCUUUGAGGUUCAUCUCCUUUAGGAGAUCCUUGGCAUUUAAGAUUAAUUUAAAAAUUGUAUUAAAAUUCAGGUCCUUAAAUUUGUAAUGGUAUUUAUUGUAAACGACAGCACAACAUACUCCUGUAGUUUCCCGGUGACAUUUACAGUGCCUCCAAUUGUCUCUACCACCAAACUUGUCUCUUUUAAGAGUAAUUUGAGCAUGACUAUUUUACACGCUAAUUUACCAGUGAUUAAGAAUUAUUGUACAAUAUGAAGUUAGCGAUAUUGAUUAAUAUCUACAUUACAAUGGGAAGCUAAAUCCCUUGUAGUAUAUAUAUGUGUCUGUUAUGUAAAAUUAUGGAUGUGCUCAAAUUAGUCAAAUUGGCAUCAUUGUAAAUAACGUUUUUAAACAAAAUAUUUUGUCAUAUAAAAUUGGAGUUUACAAACAUAGAAACAAAUUUUGUAUGUUGUUGAUGUCAUGGCGUAGUGUUGUAUAAAAUUCUUGCAACUGUAUGUGUAAGAAUUAGCUAGUCAUGUAGUAAUGUAUCAAAUUUAACGCAUGUUGGAUUUGACAUUCUUGCAGAAGUACUGUGGACAGUACUACCUUUUGGGUGUGAUGCUCUCUCUUUCAGUAGAAGUUCAUGUUUGUUGCUUGCAUAGGUUGCUGUUGAACCCUGAUGAUGGAGACAGUGCAUUCUUAUGAAACAUUUGUGAACUUCUACCAGACUACACAGCAUCACAUCUCCAAAGAUAGUGCUCUUCAAUUUUAACGCACACUGACGACACUACAUAUAGGUUAUCCUCAUCAAGUGCAUUUGAGCACAAUUGGUGCAAAAGUAAAGUGGAUAAGAGCUUCAUAAAACAAACAAGUUAAUUCAACCAUAGCACCAGUCAUGUCCUAUCCAUAAUGUUCCUGUGGUUGUCUACAUAUAUCCAUCACUUCAGAAUCAGACGUCUUUCUUGUGGAAAACUGUAUUCACUACAGUAGCAUUGCUACAUAAUAUAUUACUCUGCAGAAACUCUUUUAUAUCUGGUUAUAUAGUUGAGAGAAAAAAUAUUAAUGGAAUUUUUACUCUUUUUAAGUCUCUGCCGUUAUAGUAAGACUAGAAGCAUUGUAUUAGACAUGUUUAUAUGAGUGCAUAAUAUUGCAUAUAUAAUGUUUGCACUUUGACACUAAAUGAAAUGCAGCGCUCAAAUGACUUCCUAAAUGUUAAUUAUUAAAGAUAGCUUUAUUCUGUAACUUGUAUUUGUACUAUUCCAUUUUGGGAGUUUGAAUGAAAAUUAAAAA